AAGAAGGCAGGAGGGGGCCGAUGUUUGUUCUUGUCUGGCAUAGUUACGGCUUAUCCUGAAUACUUGGACAUUCCCCAAACCCUCCUCGGACAACAUGGCCGCUCAAAUGCCCAACCCCCUCGAAGCCCCUUCGCAAGUGCUGGAUCUCUUGGACCGUUUACAUAAAGAAUCCGAGUCGCAAGAAAGCGCGUUCGACAUUACUAAAUACAACCCCGAUAGUCUCCACGACGCGGCCAAGGACAAGUUCAUCGCUCUGGAUCAAGACAAAUGCCAAUUCGUCUACCAGAUGUGCAGGGCCAUCAAUGCGAAGAACGUCGUCGAGGCCGGUACCAGUUUCGGCGUGAGCACCAUAUACUUGGGUUUAGCAGUAACCAGAAACAUCGAAGCCACGGGGGGCGCUGGCACCGUCAUCGGUACAGAACACGAGCCCGAAAAGGCACAAACAGCUCGAGGAUAUUGGGCAGAGGCCGGAGAAGCGGUUUCGAGACACAUCGACUUGAGGGUCGGGGACCUUCGUGAGACGUUGAAGACCAAUUUACCCAUGAUCGAUUUACUUCUCAUUGAUAUUUGGGCACCAAUGACCCUUCCCGCCCUAAAGAUCGUCAUGCCAAAACUACGAUACGGGGCCGUCGUCAUUGUCGACAACACCAUCGGCUCCGCCGUCAGAUACAAGGAAUUACUCGACUUUAUGAGAGCCCCGAAUAGUGGAUUCACCAAUCUGACGCUGCCAUACACCAAAGGACUCGAAAUGAGUCUGUAUAUGCCCUCUCGGAUGUAGGAUUGGGUCGAGUUGUCCGGUGGCCACAUUUUCUGUACUGAUUCGAAUUGACCAUGAUGAGCACAGUGGAUUUGCUAGUCCAAAGCAUUCCAGGACGAGAUGGCGGAAGGGCUUGCUAUGUUUGAAGCUCGUAUGACCACAGUGCGGAAGCUGCUGCCGUCAAGGGAGAAAUCCAAGAUGGCGAAAAGUGGAUAGAAAAGAAGAGUGAGACACAAAAUAAAACGACCAGACUUUAGAGCAGAACAAUCGAAA